AUGGCUAACAAAUCUUUUGCUACGACUGCUCUAAGAUAUGCCUAUUUACAUGGUUUUGCUAGUUCACCAUUAGCUACUAAAGGUGUUCAAUUACGUCAAUGGUUUCAAGAUGAAUUGAACAUAUCACUUGAUUUACCUGAUCUGAAUAUACCUAGUUUUCGUAAGCAAUGUCUUAGUAAAAUGGUUGAUCAUAUCGAAAAAAACAUUAUUGAAUCAAAUUCGAUUUGGUUUCUUAUCGGUAGUUCAUUUGGUGGUCUUGUCUCUACACUUGUAACUCAACGACAACCUAAAUUAAUUCAUUCAUUACUUCUUCUUGCACCUGCAUUUAAUCCUAUUCAACGAUGGACAUCAAAAGUUAAUAUAGAACAAUGGAAAAAUAAUGGAUUUAUGAAUCAUUUUAAUCCAAUGACACAAUGUGAUGAACCAAUUGAUUAUGAAUUUUUUCAUGAUCUUCAAACAUAUGCAUCAUAUCCUAUUGUAACAACUUGUCCUAUAACAAUUAUUCAUGGUCUACAUGAUGAUGUUGUACCUAUUGAAACAAGUCGUGAAUAUAUGCAAAAACUUUGUUUAUUAAAUAAACAUCCAAUAUUAAUGAUUGAAGUAGAUGAUGAUCAUCAUUUAAGAAAGAAAGAAACAUUAGAUAUUAUUAAAAAAAUUAUUCUUGAUUAUCAUAAAUAG